CGGAGCGCGCCGCGCGGAGGCUCGGAGCCUGACUGCACCGCGGGGGGACUGUGCUCCCACCCAAGCAGGGCCAGGAGGAGCCCCCCUCCCCGACAUGGGGCUGGAGACCCAGAGGCUGCCAGCAGCUGAGGAGGCCCCGGUGAGGGUGGCCCUGAGAGUCCGCCCGUUGCUGCCCAAGGAGCUGCUGCAUGGGCACCAGAGCUGCGUGAGGGCGGACCCUCAGCACAGCCGCGUCACCCUUGGGCGAGACCGCCACUUUGGCUUCCACGUGGUGCUGGAUGAGGACACUGGGCAGGAGGCUGUGUACCAGGCCUGUGUGCAGCCCCUCCUCGAGGCUUUCUUUGAGGGCUUCAAUGCCACGGUCUUUGCGUACGGUCAGACAGGAUCCGGGAAGACAUACACCAUGGGGGAGGCCAGUGUGGCUUCCCUUCAUGAAGACGAGCAGGGCAUCAUCCCACGGGCCAUGGCUGAAGCCUUCAAGCUUAUCGAUGAGAAUGACCUGCUGGACUGCCUGGUGCAUGUAUCCUACCUGGAAGUGUAUAAGGAGGAGUUCCGGGACCUGCUGGAGGUGGGCACUGCCAGCCGUGACAUCCAGCUUCGGGAGGAUGACCGGGGAAAUGUUGUGCUGUGUGGCGUGAAGGAGGUGGACGUGGAGGGCCUGGACGAGGUGCUGAGCCUCCUGGAGAUGGGCAACGCGGUGCGGCACACGGGGGCCACACACCUCAACCGCCUGUCCAGCCGCUCACACACCGUCUUCACCGUGACCCUGGAGCAGCGGGGGCGCGCCCCCAGCCGUCUGCCCCGACCCGCUGCGGGCCAGCUGCUGGUGUCCAAGUUCCACUUCGUGGACCUGGCAGGCUCGGAGAGGGUGCUCAAGACGGGCAGCACUGGCGAGCGGCUCAAGGAGAGCAUCCAGAUCAACAGCAGCCUCCUGGCGCUGGGCAACGUCAUCAGCGCCCUGGGUGACCCCCAGCGCCGCGGCAGCCACAUUCCCUACCGGGACUCCAAGAUCACCCGGAUCCUCAAAGACUCGCUGGGCGGGAACGCCAAGACGGUGAUGAUCGCCUGCGUCAGCCCCUCCUCCUCCGACUUCGACGAGACCCUCAACACCCUCAACUACGCCAGCCGCGCCCAGAACAUCCGCAACCGCGCCACGGUCAACUGGCGGCCCGAAACGGAGCGCGCGCCCGAGGAGGCCGCGGCCGGCGCGCGGGGGCCCCCGCGCCACCGCUCGGAGACGCGCAUCAUCCACCGCGGCCGGCGCGCCCCCGGCCCCGCCAACGCCCCUGCGGCCGCCGCCGCCGCCGCCGCUGCCGCCCGCCUGGGCGCCGAGUGCGCGCGCUACCGGGCCCGCACCGACGCCGCCUACAGCCUCCUGCGCGAGCUGCAGGCCGAGCCCGGGCUGCCCGGCGCCGCUGCCCGCAAGGUGCGCGACUGGCUGUGCGCCGUCGAGGGCGAGCGCAGCGCUCUGAGCUCCGCCUCCGGGCCCGACAGCGGCAUCGAGAGCGCUUCAGCCGAGGAGCAGGCCAUGCAGGGGCCCGGCGGGCCGACGGUGGCCAAGGGCCAGGACGAGGAAGGGGCAGUGCAGUUGCUUGCCCUGCAGAGCCAGGUGGCCCGGCUGGAGGAGGAGAACCGAGACUUUCUGGCUGCGCUGGAGGACGCCAUGGAGCAGUACAAAUUGCAGAGCGACCGGCUGCGGGAGCAGCAACAGGAGAUGGCAGAGCUGCGGCUGCGGCUAGAAUUGGUGCGGCCUGGCUGGGGGGCCCCAGGGCUCCUGCAGGGCCUGCCUCCCGGGUCCUUUGUGCCCCGGCCUCACACAGCCCCCUUGGGGGGUGCCCACAGCCACGCGCUGGGCAUGGUGCCCCCUGCCUGCCUUCCUGGAGAUGAAGUUGGCCCCGAGAACUGGGGAGAGCAGGUGACAAAUGGCAGAGAGGCUAGAGUCACAGCAGAGGCAGACAGGCCCGGAAGCGGCUCUUCAGCUGCCUCGGAGGAGGAGGAGGAGGAGGAGCCCCCCCAGCGGACCCUGCACCUGCGCAGAAACGGGAUCAGCAAGUGGAGCCAGAGGGUGGGGGCCUGCCCAGGGAGUCCACUCGACAGGAAGGGCCCAGAGCUUCACCUUGAGGAACUGGGUGCAGCCAUCCCGGGGCCCAGAGUCGUUGGUGGGAGCAAGGCCCUGGCUCGACCCCGUCAGACCCCCGCUGCCAUGGCCUCUGAGUGGCGGCUGGCACAAGCUCAACAGAAGAUCCGAGAACUGGCCAUCAACAUCCGCAUGAAGGAGGAGCUCAUUGGCGAGCUGGUCCGCACAGGGAAGGCGGCCCAGGCCCUGAACCGCCGGCACAGCCAGCACAUCCGGGAGCUGGAGCAGGACGCAGAACAGGUGCGGGCUGAGCUGAGUGAAAGCCAGAGGCAGCUGCGGGAGCUCGAGGGCAGGGAGCCUCAGGACGCUGGCGAGCGCUCCCAGCUCCAGGAGUUCCGCAAGAGGGUCGCUGCCGCCCAGAGCCAGGUGCAGGUGCUGAAGGAGAAGAAGCAGGCGACGGAGCGGCUGGCGUCGCUGUCGGCCCAGAGCGAGAAGCGGCUGCGGGAGCUCGAGCGGCACGUGCAGCUCAUGCGACAGCAGCAGGGGCAGCUGCAGAGGCGGCUUCGCGAGGAGACGGAGCAGAAGCGGCGCCUGGAGACGGAGAUGAACAAGCGGCAGCACCGCGUCCAGGAGCUGGAGCGAAGGCACGAGCAGCAGCAGAAGAUCCUGAAGAUCAAGACGGAAGAGAUCGCGGCGUUCCAGAGGAAGCGGCGCAGCGGCAGCAACGGCUCCGUGGUCAGCCUGGAGCAGCAGCAGAAGAUCGAGGAGCAGAAGAAGUGGCUGGAUCAGGAGAUGGAGAAGGUCCUGCAGCAGCGGCGGGCCCUGGAGGAGCUGGGGGAGGAGCUCCACAAGCGGGAGACCAUCCUGGCCAAGAAGGAGGCCCUGAUGCAGGAGAAGACGGGGCUGGAGAGCAAGCGCCUGCGGUCCAGCCAGGCCCUCAGCGAGGACAUCGUGCGAGUGUCCAGCCGGCUGGAGCACCUGGAGAAGGAGCUGUCGGAGAAGAGCGGGCAGCUGCGGCAGGGCAGCGCCCAGAGCCAGCAGCGGCUGCGCGGGGAGAUCGACGCCCUGCGCCAGGAGAAGGACUCACUGCUGAAGCAGCGCCUGGACAUCGACGGCAAGCUGAGGCGGGGCAGCCUGCUGUCGCCCGAGGAGGAGCGGACGCUCUUCCAGCUGGACGAGGCCAUCGAGGCCCUGGACGCGGCCAUCGAGUACAAGAACGAGGCCAUCACGUGCCGCCAGCGGGUGCUGCGGGCUUCAGCCUCCUUGCUGUCCCAGUGUGAGAUGAACCUCAUGGCCAAGCUCAGCUACCUCUCAUCCUCGGAGACCAGAGCCCUGCUCUGCAAGUAUUUUGACAAGGCCGUGGCACUCCGAGAGGAGCAGCACCAGCAGCAGAUUGCCUUCUCCGAGCUGGAGAUGCAGCUGGAGGAGCAGCAGAGGCUGGUCUGCUGGCUGGAGGCGGCGCUGGAGCGGCAGCGCCUGGAGACCGACCGCCAGCUGACCCUGCAGCAGAAGGAGCACGAACAGAACGUGCAGCUGCUGCUCCAGCAGAGCCGGGAUCACCUCGGUGAGGGGUUAGCAGACAGCAAGAGGCAAUAUGAGAGCCGGAUUCAAGCUCUGGAGAAGGAGCUGGGCCGCCACAUGUGGCUGAACCAGGAACUGAAGCAGAAGCUCAGUAGUUGGAGCGCUGCCGGCCCGGGCAGAGUGACAGGUGCGGAGAAGAGGACCCUGUGCCUGGAGAACAGGCCGCCCCCGGGAAACGAAGAGGAGCCCCCCGCCGCACCCGAGCUUCUCUGGCAGCAGGCCCUCCCUGACGGCACCCCCCGCACCCGCGACGAGGUGCGGGACUUGGUCCGGGCCCCACUCCCGCUGACGUGGAAACGCUCAAGCCUGUGCGGUGAGGAGCAGGGCUCAGCCGAGGAGGCGCGGCUGCGGGAGGCCGCUGAGCCCCUGGCAGGGCGGGUGCAACCCGGAGGUGAGGUGGGUCUGCCCUGGAACUUUGGGCCCCUGGCCAAGUCCCGGCGGGACCUGCGCAGAGCCAGCCCGGGGAUGAUUGACGUCAGGAAGAACCCCCUGUAGGCUCAUGGGCGGAGCCUGCCUUGGGGGUGGGGGGGUGACCCUCCAAGCCUGCUGCGUGCCUUCGCUUCUGGGAAGGACAGUCUUUACUUCCCACUGCAGAUCUGGGUCCCGAUCUUUACCCCAUUGGAGUCAACAAAUUCGGGCUACAGCCCAAAUGAAUUGGACUCAAUUUUUUCUAAAACAUGCAAACUCCUGCCCCUCAUUUCUUUUGGGCUAUGGUACCACCUUGCCAUCUUUUGGCUUGAGAGUUUGCAAAAGGCAGUUCUGGUCUCAAGCCUGCAUGUGUGUGCCUGGCGAUCUGGGGUUCAGCCAGUGCUGGACCCAGAACACUCAGUGGCAACCGGUUUGGGUUUUUAAGUGGUCUUUUGUUUAUGGUGGGAAUGGGGAAGUUUUGCCUAUUUUUAGAAUUUUGUAAAACCAUUUUAUAAUAAAUGAGACUCUCUGAGGGGAGAAAUAGGAGUUCUGACUUGGUGUGAUCUACAAGAUGAUAAGAGAAUUCCAUCUGAGGACACGACAGGCUUGCAAGCUUUUCAGGCUCCCAGGAGGCCACUCCGCACCCCCAAGCCCCCACCAGCUGCAUCUCCCGGAGCAUGGUGAGGACAGGGCCGGGCCGGGUUUCAGGGCUGACUCGGAGACGCAGAGCCGGGAACCACUAGAGCUCGGCCAGAGUGAGGCAACCUGAGGCCUCCAGGUAUAAACAGAAAGGCACUGAAUGCUAUGCAGCCUGAGAGGAUUUUAUUGUGACAUAGGGAAGGUAAAUUGAUUCUGCUGUUGGCUGCAGCCUUCAGCUUUGUGAGGGGCCCCUGAGGAGCCCUUCUCCCACUUCACAAGUAGGGGGGGGGGUGGUUGUCGGACUGGCCUUGGGGUCUCAGAGGCGGGGGCCGAAGG